GAGAAAGCUCCGCUUUGAGUGACGUCACCUCUCCCAUGGCGUCACAUUGACGUAGCGCAUACCAGAUACUCUAUGUCGAUGCAGAACGCUCAUAAACGCGGUAAUUGACUUUCUCCCCUCAGACGGCGCACAUAAACAAACGCGCGCUCGAACUCCUCAAUUUACUACAUUAGCACAGACAUUGGCAGCUGACUGGACCGGACUCAAGUCCACGCUCCCCGGACUCUUCUUUUCCAGUUUUAUAUCGCCUUUUCACACUUUGGUGUGACUUCAAAUAAGAGGGACACGCAACUUGAUGACGGCACAUGCUCAUCCACCGACAGCGGUUUUGCUCCUGAAGUCUUGCCACUCUUUGACUUUGGAUGAUCCGAUCUCGAUGGACUUUCAAGGAGGUUAUUAUCACAUGUAAAGACGGAACCGCUACAGCAAACCAGCUUGGAAGAGCGCGCACAGCCGAGCUCCGACACCCGGAGGUUGGACACCGACUUGGCCGUAGAGUCUCGCCCGCCCCGGCGCAGCCACGCCACCUGUCCACCCCGGACACCCAGCACCAUUCAGCGCGAAACUCAUUCACCAGAUCUAUGGCAUUCUGACAAUGAGCAAGCGCACUCAGUUACUGGAACAUCUGCAGUUUGUCCAGUUGAAAUGCUCACCUCGAGACAUGCCCUGUGUGCAGGCUCAGUAUGGGCCUGCCCCUCCUGGCUCUGCUUACUCUGGUCAGUCCUUCAGUUACCAGGGCGACAGCUACAGCACUGACCUCAUCAGCCCAGACUACACCAAGCUGGACCUCGGUGGAGGUGAGAUCUCCGCUGCGGCCGCUACCACCUCACUCCCCAGCUUCAACGUCUUUGUGGAGGGGAGUUACGAGCCCAAAUCCUCCUGCCUGUACCAGAUGCUCCCGCAAAGGCCCACUAUCAAGAAGGAGGAGGAGAGCUACCCCACUGCACCACCACUGGAGGCCAUGUCCUCUUCCUCUAUGUACUUUAAACAGUCCCCUCCCUCCACUCCAACAACCCCAUCUUUGCCUCCCCAACCUGGAUCCUCUUUCCUGUGGGAAGACCACUCCCUGGCCCAGUCCUCCAGCCAUCAUUCUCUGGGCUCCGGGAUGGAACCCGGUUCCCUAAAGUCACCGCGUUUUCCACACUUCUACCAGCAUUCACCGCCACACAGUGGCAGCGGAGUCGGUGCUUAUGAAAACCUGGGUGGAUUGGUUCGCAACUCAUCCUCCUCCUCAUCAUCGUCAGCAUCCAUCUCUCACCCUCAUGGCCCACCCAUGGAGCAGCCCAUGUACCAGCUGCACCGUGGGGUAGGGAGCAGCAGCUUUGCCUUCCGCUCUCUUGCUCUGAGCCCUUGUGGCCCCUUGCUGGGAGACAGUUUGCCUUCGCCCCCACCUCGUGGUCCUCAAGGCGAGGGAACCUGUGCAGUUUGUGGGGACAACGCUGCCUGCCAGCACUAUGGGGUGCGCACGUGUGAAGGCUGCAAAGGCUUUUUCAAGCGCACCGUGCAGAAGAAUGCAAAGUAUGUGUGUCUGGCUAGCAAGAACUGUCCCGUGGACAAGAGGAGACGCAACCGCUGCCAGUACUGUCGCUUCCAGAAGUGUCUGAGUGUUGGCAUGGUGAAAGAAGUGGUGCGUACUGAUAGUUUGAAGGGGCGCAGAGGUCGACUACCCUCCAAACCAAAGAGCCCAUUGCAGACAGAGGUGUGUCCUCCAUCUCCUCCACUCAGCCUGCUCUCAUCGCUCCUCAGAGCUUAUUCCCACUGCACGCCCCGUGACCUCGACUACAGUCAGUUCUGUGCUGCAGACCCCCCGUCCUCUUCCUCAGACGCGGAACAUAUCCAGCUUUUUUACAGACUGCUUACCAUCUCGAUGGAGACAACGCGGUGCUGGGCAGACCGGCUGCCAGGGUUCCCUGAGCUCCAGCGUGAGGAUCAAAACCUGCUGAUAGACUCCGCCUUUCUGGAGCUCUUUGUCCUGCGCUUGGCUCACAGGUCGAUGCUGUCCGAGGACAAGCUUGUGUUCUGCAACGGUUUGGUGCUGCACAGGUUCCAGUGCCUUCGCGGGUUUGGGGAGUGGCUGGAUUCCAUUCGGGACUUCUCUACUCACCUCCAGAACCUGAACCUGGACACCUCUGCCUUUGCCUGCCUGGCUGCACUGGUGCUGCUCACAGAGCAAGUUCCCAGUCUCAAGGACGCGAAGAGAGUAGAGGAGCUACAAAAUAAAGUCGUCUGUUGUCUUAGAGACCACCUGGGUUGCGGGUCAUCUUCCUCUUUGUCCAAAUCUGCCCCCCCUUUGAGUCGUAUUCUGGGCUUGAAGGCGGAGCUUCGUUCACAGAGGACUCAGGGGCUUCAACGAAUCUUCUACCUGAAGCUGGAGGACCUAGUACCACCACCACCCUUGAUUGAUCGGUUUCUGGACACUCUGCCUUACUGAUGAAUCGAAUGAACAAAGUUUAACAUACAAAUGUGCCCCCCUGCCCCCAGGAGCACGUACUCAUUCAGACUGCACUGAAACAGUCGAUUAAAAACUCCUCACUCAUCAGGACAACCAAUAAAAAAAGAUUUAAUUUUUCCAGCACUUGAGAUAUCCAAUGCUUUUCCAUUGUUUUUCUCAUCUGGGGGUUAGAGGGCCAGGCUGAGAUGGAAAGACUUUGUCUGGAUGGCAGCUCAACAGGCAGAGAGGUUUAUGAGAACUGCAUUCUGUAUUAGCACAGACAGUAGUCAGUGUGGAGGUUUGUUUUCAAACCUGGUGAUGACACAAGUGGCUGUCUGAGGGCAGUAAGCAGAAAUCUUCACACUGAGAAGCACCGAAAUAUCAGAGGUCAGUGCACAUAUGUCAUCACGGCUGAACAAAAGCACCACAGAGGAGAUCCACACAUGGUGGAAGACUUGAUUACAAGUGCAAUUUCUUUAAGUGCUAUCUCACCACACGAGAAAAAGAAUGGUUAACUCUAAAUUAUUUUAAGACUUUAGUGUUGUAGGCAGUGAUAGGAUCAGACAGUCGAGAGGACACGGUGCACUAACAAUGACUGAGUCACUGCAGCUUGAACUUGUAAUUGUAUUUUUAUUUCAGUUUGUUUUAUUUUCCUUUUUUUUCUUUUAAUAGAAAAACAAUGUUGGGCGCAAAUCGGCUUUCAAAGCACUUACAUCCAGAGAAGGGCUACAAGCACGAACACACAACCACCUGCUCAGCGUCCUGGAAAGCAAGGGUGCUCGACAGAUAGUUGUAGGGGGGUUGAAACAUUCCACAGUGUUUUUUCCAAUACUAUGUACUGUGGUGUCUAUGAAUGCAUAUCUGUGUGACCACUCAGAGGUGCAUGGCAUGGUAUCAACAAGAGUUCGAACAGCUCAGUCACUCAGUCAUGUCAGUGAAUUGUAAA